AUGCCGCAAGAUGGUGGCCACUUCUUCCCUGCUUCGCCAGCUGGAUCAGGAGCAUCAGGGGCUUCUCCCUGGUCAAACACAGCUUUGUCAGCUGGAAGAGUGCGGUUGAGAGAAGACGAAUUCGACCUCUGCGACGAAGAGAGGCACUUCCAGCUCGUCGUUGUGAGACGCGCACGCUCGUGCCAGCCCCUACGUGACGCCAUCUUCGCCGUCGCGGCGCGCCAUUUAUGUCGACAUCCCAAGUUCCGAUCAGAGCCAGGGGGCGGCGGCGUCGUUGUCUACCAGCGCCAGGUCCUCCCCGACCUGACGCCGCAGAGUGCCUUCGAGUAUAUGCUCCGCUGCAUACCCGCACUACAUGAGGUUUCUAGCACCCAGGACGAGGAAUAUCGCGAGAACCUGGCCGCCGCAGCGCUCAUUCUUCGUCAGUUUGAGGAGAUGGAUCCCGAGGAAUCCCAGAGCGCGCCGAGCUCAGAUUUCGGGAACGCAAACGGGGACGGGAAUGGGACGAGUCAUGGUAAUACGAAUAACAAUGCCAACUUUAUCGACAUUACAAAGGCAAUUUUGAGGGCCGCUCCGCCCUCGCGAUGGUCUGGGCUUUUGAGCGCCGUGUACUGGGUGGCGGUGAGGCAGGAAAUUUACUUUGCGCUCACGCUGGGGCGAUCACCACAAAUUACGGCCAGGCCGGACCAGAGCCGUGAAGUGUCAUUUGCUAAUCGUUUGAUUUGGUUCAUGUCGGAGGUGGCCAAGUGGAAGAUGGGAGACAGGAUUGAAGGGGAGUGGGAGAGACUGAGAGUCGAAGAAGGCAUCCUUGCGAUCGAAUUGGACAAGUCUCCAACAGGCGAGCACAUCGAGAGGCCGAACAUCAAGUCCGCGAGAUGA